AUGAAUCUGGUUUCAUUGGAUUGGAUAGGGCCGAGCCUAAAAAAGAAACACUGGGACAAAGCCCAAGUCUUCCAUAGGGCAAAGAAAAGAAACAUUAGAAAUAGCCCGCAAGCUGACUACUUGAACCUCAGCAAAGGAGUGCCAUCAACCACUAAAUGCCAGAUCGCUAACAUUCUUAACAUGCCUGCUUGGGAGACUCCAGGGAAGUACCUAGGGCUACCUGCUGAAUGGGGGAAAUCAAAAACUGCUACACUGGGUUGGAUCAAGGAACGUGUGCUUCAAAAAAUAGAUGGUUGGAAAGAAAAGCUCUUAAAUCAAGCAGGAAAGGAGGUGCUUAUCAAAUCAGUCCUACAAGCAAUUCCAACCUAUGCUAUGUCCAUUAUCCGCUUUCCAAAAAAGUUUUGCAAUUCAAUCUGCUCCCACAUAGCAAGGUUUUGGUGGAAGAGGCCUGGCAAGGACAGAGGGAUCCACUGGAAACAGUGGAAGGACAUCACCAAAGCUAAGGGGAGGGGUGGACAGGGCUUCAAAGAUUUUACACACAUGAAUACAGCCCACCUAGCAAAACAGGCGUGGAGAAUCAUGGAUGACCCGAAUUCUCUAUGGGCCCAAGUGCUUAAAGGGCUCUACCAUCCCAAUACGAGCUUCAUGCAAGCAAAGAAGAAAGCCUCAGCUUCGUGGGGAUGGAACAGUAUCUUACAGGGAAGAGACUUUAUAAAAAAUAACGGGAAGUGGAUCAUCGGGGAAGGGAAUGAGGUCAACAUCUGGGAGGACAACUGGGUUGUCAAUCCCCCACUGCAGGACCCAUCUGGGAACCUCACCCACAGGGUUGUCAACUCACUCGUGCCUACCAUGCCAGGCAAGUGGGACAUCCCCAAAUUAGUAGCCUUGUUUCCCAAGCCCUUAGUGCAACAAAUCCCAGCCAGCCAGCUCAACUUUUCACCAGCAAUUGAUAAUGCCAUCUCCUUCCAAGCCUGGCUCAAAACCUCCCUGGAAAACCUGAGGGCUAUGAAAGACUUUACAGCAUUGGGCUCCCACAUCCUUGCCCACACGUUGUGGAACAUUUGGAAAGAAAGGAACGAGAGCUACCAUAUCAAUAGGAGACCCAAUGUUGAGGCAACAAUUUCAAGAAUCAACCUGGCAAUUACUGAGUUUAACGUCCCUGGUGAUCCGCAGGCAUCUGUCCCGUUACACCACCAAGGAGUACGAGCCACUAAUGAUCAAAGAAGAGACAACCUCCCUAGGAGACCCCAAGCGCAGACAGCUCACAUGAUCAAUGUGGAUGCGGUGUUCCGUUCCCCCUCUUCCAGAAGUGGAAUGGGAAUGAUCAUUAGGGAGCCCAACGGAAACAGAGUGCUCUCUCACUCCAGAAGCUUCACUGUGGCAUCCCCUCUAGCAGCAGAAGCAGCAGCAGUCAGGGAAGCCAUGGUAAUAGCUGGGAACCUCCAGAUUGAUCAGGUUCGAAUUAAGUCGGAUUGCCUGACCCUCAUCAACCUGAUUAAUGGUAGGGGUACAGAUUGGACCAUAGGAACGUUCCUCAGGGACAUUCAGGCCCUCCGAAGCUCCUUCCCCCGGUGUGAAUUUGCUUGGAUUUCUAGGAACCUUAACACAGAAGCCCACAAUUUGUCUUCUUCCUGCUUGAGAUAA